AUGGCCAAGGGUAAAGAUGUCAGAGUCAGAGUUAUUUUGGAAUGUACCAGUUGUGUCCGAAAUGGUGUCAAUAAAGAAUCGCCGGGUAUUUCUAGAUAUAUUACUCAAAAGAAUCGACACAAUACGUCCAGUCGAUUAGAAUUGAGAAAAUUUUGUCACUAUUGUCACAAGCAUACGAUUCAUGGAGAAAUAAAGAAAUAG